UCUGAAUUCUGAAGGCAACAGAAAUAUUUCGCAUCAAAGAAAAUUUCGAUAAAAACAUGCUCGACUUGUUGUAAACGAUAAAGAAAAGGCUCGAGUACCAGUACUCUUCAUAUUUUCACUCUGAUGUUCAACAACUGGAACAGGCCAGGUGGGCCCGGGCCUGGAGGUCCGGGCGAAAGGCCUCCGAUGAUGCCAGGAAAUGGAAUGCCGAAUCGUCCUCCAUUUUACGGACCAGGAUCAGGUCCAGGGGCAGGUGGACGACCCAUGCAUAUGAGUGGCCCGCCAGGACCGGGGCCUGGCUCGCACCACAUGGGAAUGAGGAUGGACAGCAUGAACCCUCGCGGACCCAUGUCGGGCCCGGGGCAUUGGCAUGGACCAGGUAUGAAUAUGAUGGGACCAGGUGGACCAGGACCAAGAAGACCACCUCCACCGAUGACGAUGUCGAUGAUGCAUGGUCCUGGUCCAGGUGGCCCAAGGCCAAGAAUGGGUAUGCCCAUCCCAGAGCCUGUUCGGGUGUUAGUCAAUCAAGCGCAAGCCGCAGAUACUGCAGUCCCACAACCGCCUCAGAAUGAAGAUGUGAAGUUGAGAGGGCUUCAGGAUCAGGCCUUACAUUGGCAGGCAACGGCCCCGGUUCGAAAGGAGGAAGAAACUGUACAAAAACAGGCAGCUGCUCAAGACCAGUGGCAGAGCUACCAGCAACAGAUGCAAUCAUAUCAGCAACAGUAUCAACAAUGGUACCAAAGUCAAGAGACUACCUUGAUGGAUGUUAAAUUGAAAGACUUGCAGGAAAAGAAGGCUACCUGUGAAAAGCAGCUCACAGACUGGAAAAAUCAGUUUGAUAAUUGGGUAGAACAGCAUAAGAAACAUCCAAACAAGGACCAGUUUGAUCAAUAUCAAAAUCAAUGGAAAACAUGGCAAACACAGAUGGAGAGCAUGGUGAAUUCUUUGGACAUGCAAAUCAAAAUAAAAGAGACAUCCCUUCAGAAGAACUCCUCUAAAAAUGCUUCAACAACCCAGACACCUGCUUCUGUCGGCAGUGGUGUAGGAACAGUUACCACACAAGGUGCAAAUGUAGCAAUGCCAUCAGGUGGGCAUGGAAUGGUUCCAUCUAGUGGUGCUGGAAUGGGACAAGGGUCAUCAAUUGGUUCUAUACCAAGCAGUCAGAGUGUAGCCACAGUUCCAAGUGGUUCUGGGAUGGGAGCAGGACCCAGAGGACUUGGAGUAGGACCAAUGCCAACUGGGAGUGGAAUGGGACCAGGUCCCUCAGGAACAAAUCCUAGAGUUACCCCUGCAUUGCCUCAAGGACCUGGGCAAGGGCCAAGAAUGGAGAGUGGAAGCAGGUCAAACUCUGGAGCUGGACUUCCAGGCCCAAAAGGACAGAUGCCUGGCAAAGACAGCUUUCCUUUCCCAUUUCCUGAUGAUUUUCCAUUUCCAGGAGAUAUGGACAAUUUCUCCUUCCCUGAUAUGAAUAAACUAGAUGCAAUGUUUUCAGGUGGUUUUAAAUCUGAUGAGUUUCCAUUUUCCUUCCCUGAUUUUCCGAUGCCAGGUGGUUUAAUGGGACCCGACUUUCCAUUACCUGAAGGACUGAAACCCGAAGACAUGACCAAAGAUAUGGAAGAAUUCAUGAAACAGAUGGAAUCUGAACUAGGCAAUGUUUCUGCAAAAUUUCAACCAACCCCAAGGGGAAGCAACAUAGCCGAUCAGGAUAAACAGCAAGCUUUAAAUGCCAAAGCAUCAAGAGGACCUGUAGACAUAGAGAGGGGUCCACAAGGAAUGAACAGAGAUUCUGCUGGGAUGGGAAGACACCCAAUGGGAAUGGAUAGAGGUCCUCAAGGUAUGGAGAGACACUCACAAGAAUUCAAUAGAGGUCUAUCAGGAAUAGACAGAGGCCCAAGAGAAAGUCUUCAAGGGAGGGAAAGGGUCCCACCAGGAAUGGAUAGAGGACAACAAGGAAUGGAUAGAUGCCCUCCCGGAAUGGAUAGAAGAAGACCAGGCAUGGACGGAGGCCCUCUUGGAAUGGAUAGAGGACAACCAGGAAUGGAUAGAGGACAACCAGGAAUGGACAGAGGCCCUCUUGGAAUGGAUAGAGGACAACCAGAAAUGGACAGAGGCCCUCUUGGAAUGGAUAGAGGACAACCAGGAAUUGACGGAGGCCCUCUUGGAAUGAAUAGAGGACAACCAGGAAUGGAUAGAGGCACUCCUGGAAUGGAUAGAGGUCCCCCUGGGAUGGAUAGGGGACCAACCGGAAUGGAUAGAGGACAACCAAGCUUGGAUAGAGGUCCUCCUGGAAUGGAUAGAGGACAGCAAGGAAUGGAUAGAGGUCAACCAGGAAUGGAUAGAGGACAACCAGGAAUGGAUAGAGGACAACCAGGAAUGGAUAGAGGUCCUCCUGGAAUGGAUAGAGGACAGCAACGAAUGGAUAGAGGACAGCAAGGAAUGGAUAGAGGUUAUCCUGGAAUGGAUAGAGGACAAACAGGAAUGGAUAGAGGUCCUCCUGGAAUGGAUAGAGGACAGCAAGGAAUGGAGAGAGUUCCUCCUGGAACAGACAAAAGACUACCCGGAAUGGAUAGAGGCCCUCCUGGAAUGGAUGGAGGCCCUCCCAGACUGGAUAGAGGACAACCAGGCAUGGAUAAAGGCCCUCCUGGAAUGAAUAGAGGCCCUCCCGGAAUGGAUGGAGGCCCUCCCGGAAUGGAUAGAGGACAUCCAGGCAUGGAUAAAGGCCCUCCUGGAAUGGAUAGAGGCCCUCCCGGAAUGGAGAGAGGCCCACCUGGACUGGAUAGAGGACAUCCAGGCAUGGAUAAAGGCCCUCCUGGAAUGGAGAGUGGACAUCCAGGCAUAGAUAAAGGCCCUCCUGGAAUGGAUAGAGGUACAGCAGGAAGGAAUAGAGGCCAAUCAGAAAUGGAUAGAGGCUCAUCAAGAAAUGAGGGAGAUGCACCAAGAACUAAUAAAGUUCAACUAGGGAUCGGGGGAAUUCUUGCAGGACUUAAAGAUUCAUCAGGUAUGGAUAAUGAUCAUAGAAUGAUUGACAGAGGCCCACCAGGAAUUGACAGUGGCCCUCCAGGAGCAGACAGUGGCCCACCAGGAGUAGACAGUGGUGCAUUGAGAACCGAUAGAAGUCAACUAGCUUUAGGGAACGUUCUUGCUGGGUUGAGGGCAGCCCCACCAGGAAUGGAUAGAGGCCCACCAGGAAUAGACGGUGGCCCACCAGGAAUAGACAGUGGCCCACCAGGAAUAGAAAUAAACGCCCCAGGUCGUACUAAAAGUCAACUAGGUUUAGGGAGCAUUCUUGCUGCACUGAAGACAGGUCCACCAGGAAUGGAUACGGGUCCACCUGGUGUGGAGAUGAGACCUAGUGGCAUGGACAAGGGACCCCCGGGAAUAGACAUAGCCCCUCCAGUUAUGGAUAUGGGUCCUCCAGGAACGGACAGAGGACCUCCAUCUAAUUACAUUAAACCUCCAGGGAUGGACAACUCACCUCCAGUUAUGGGGACAUUGCCCAUGAGUUUGACCAGGGGUCCUCCUGGUCCACCUGGAGUUGAUGUUGGACCUCCUGGUGUCGAUGUUGGACCUCCUGGUGUGGAUAUUGAUGCAAUUAGUAUGCAUAGCCAUUAUUUGGGAGCUGGAAAGCCUCGCCCUCCAUUUGAUCAAAGGCAAUUGGAUAUUGGUCCACCAGGUGUAGAUACCUUUCCCCCUGGAAUUCCACGUUAUCCUUUUGGUUCAACACAAGGUCCAGCAGGAUUUGGAAACUCAUCUUCAAUUCAAGAUAGCAGCUUUGAAGAGCCAAUGCCUCCUGGUAUGGAGCCUAUUAGUAAACCCCUUGCUUUUCCCAGAGAUCUUGCACCUCCUGGGAUGGAUGAGACAUUUCCACCAGGGAUGGAACCAGAACAGGAAAGCCAGCCAAGCACAAAAAGUAAACAGCCGCAACCACCGGAAGACAAUAUAAGUGAAUUUGAAAAGGGGCAAAACAAGCCACUGUUUCCCCCACCAUCCAAAGGUUUGACUCAACAUUCCUAUUCAGUUGGACAAUCCAUACCAAUUACAGGUAUGGUGAAAGAUUCUUUUGGUGCCAGCUCCUUUGUUUCAACAAAACAGACAUUAGCUCCAAGCCCACUUGCUGGGUAUGAGUCAUUAGAAUCGGUAAAGGCCAAGAAAGAAGAAAAGAAAAAAGAUGAAUCAAAGUCAGAGGAUAAAAAAAAAGGAAAAGGGAAAAAGGGAAAUAUGAACAUGCCUACAAUCAUCAAAUUUGGGGAUUCUAAAAUUGAUAAAGAUUCUGAUGAUCCUGUCAAAGUUGAAAAGGACGAGACAUCUACUGAUGAAAAAGCAGCAAAGGAGGCUGCAAAAGCUAAGGAGUUUAAAAAAGAAAAUUCACCUUCUGAGGAGGUUUCAAAGAGAGUAACUGUGCGUAGCACCCUACCAUUGAUCACAGAUUCUACAACCAAGUCUAUGAUACCUUCAUCAAUUGGUGAGCUAUUCAAGAAGAACUCUACAACACCUCCAGCAUUCAACAAAGAUGUAAAGACCUCACUUAGGAGCUACAGGAAAGCAGCAGAAGAUGAUGAGGAAGAGGAAGAAGCGCCUCACUCUAAAAAGAUGAAUAGGAAGGAUUCUAGCGAUAGAGAUGAUAGGGGACGGGAUGACACACUCCGCACUACACUCCCAUCCCCCCCACGGUCAUAUCGGUCACCUGAUCGAAGGUCUAGGAGAUCUCCUGAAAGAAGGAGAUCUCGUUCUCCAGACAAAAGAAAGCGUAGAUCUCGGUCUAGAUCGAUCUCACAGGACCGCAGGAAACGGAGGCGGGAUUCUCCACCCCGUAAGAGAAACUCAUACUCUCCGAGCAAAAGGAGGUCCCCCUCUAAAAGUAAAAAUUCACGAUCCCCAAGCAGAGACAAGGGCAAUAGAUCCCCGGAUCGAAGAGAUCAGAGAGAUCGAAGAGAUCAGAGAGAUCAAAGAGAUCAGAGAGAUCGAAGAGAUGGGAGAGAUGACAGAUACAGAGAAAAGGACAGGAGGGACAGGUAUCCUGACAAAGAAUAUGAGAAAGAUUCUGAUAGGAGAGGUGGGAAGCCAAGUACAGAAGCCUUUGACAAGUUGCGAGAGCUGAUUUAUGAUACCUUGGUGCGCCAUCCUGAUGAAAAGCCAAGGGAUUCUCCACAUAGCGAUAGGCGACACCCGGACGAUAGAUCUCCUCAGCGACCAAGAAGGGAGAACUAUUACCCGGAAGCUGAGAGGCCAAGAAUGCGAUACCCUCCACCACGUAGAGACUAUGAAAGAGAUCCUUUGAGGGAUCGGUUAAGAAGCCUUCCAAGGGAUUCACCAAGGGAUCUUCCAUUGCCAGCUCAAAGGGAGCCUCGUAGGGAUUUUGAUAGAGAUUCCUCUCAAGACAGAUCUAUGGAGAGGGCUCAUUCCCCUCCGGUGACGGAAAUAACAGCACCUAUUGUCUUUGACUAUGGGCAUGCAGAGUCCACCAGGCCUGCUUAUGACAUAGAGACAAGAGAUCCCAUGGGAAGCCUGCUCAGCAAUGCAGUUAUUGUAGACGUUGUUGAUUAUAGUCAUGGUCAGAAUCAGGGACCAGAUGCUAGAGCAAUUAGCGGAUCAGAACUUCUUCAAGAGCGGGAGUCAUCGUUCCCUUCAGAAUUUCAAAUACAUAAAGAGAUUCAACCCGCAAAGAGAGAUGAUACCAGUAUGCAACAAUCACCAGCUCCACCACAUCGUGAACCUUCACCUCAGCCUCCACCUCAGCCACCCAUGCAGCAAUCACUUCCCCAGCAAACUCAGCAGCAAGAACUUCCCUACAGAGAACAGCACCAGCAAUUCUCUCAGCAGUACCUGCCAGAUGAUCUGACACAACAGUUUGAUCCAUACAGUGGCCAGCAACAGAUUGGCUAUUACCAGCAACCAGAAUCACAGAUGGCAUUCCAACAACAACAACACCUGCAAGCAUUCCAGCAAAUGGGCCAGUUCCCCCAGCAGGCUCAGUACAACACCCAGCAACAGCAGCAACACUAUACGGAACAGUUCGAGCAGCAGCAGCAGCAGCCGCCGCCACCACCACCUCCACCAUCUGAAGAUUUGCGGUCAAGUGCCUACCGCAAGUCCCCUCCCCCGCCGCCACCUGAUACUCCUGCCCCACCGAAGGAUGAUUCCUUUCAGCAAUCUUGGGCAGCUGCACCUCCCCCACCUCCAUCUGACUCUUACACCAGUACCAGACAAUCUGGAGGUCAAGACCAAGACAGAUCCAGGGAGAGAGGGGAUGACAGGCAACGUGGAAGGGGUGAUAAGCAAUCUGGAGGUCAAGACCAAGACAGAUCCAGGGAGAGAGGAGAUGACAGGCAACGUGGAAGGGGGGAUAAAUACCAGAGUGGCCCUGCCAGGCUAGUGGAGGACUACAGGGACUCCCCUGGACAGAAGGACAUGUUCACCAACUCACCCCAGCAAACCCCUCCUCCCCCUUCCAAGCCCAAGAAGAGGGAAGUGGUGGCAGUCACGGACCUCCUAGACCCGCCCAACAGGGAGAAACGCCCAGCCAAGAUCUGUAUGAUCCUGCGUGGCCCUCCUGGAAGCGGCAAGAGUUACAUUGCAAAGCUUAUCAAGGACAGAGAAAUACAAAACCGAGGUCCUAGUCCUCGCAUGCUGUGUCUGGAUGACUACUUUAUGAGUGAGAAGGAGAAGACGGAAAAGGACGCUGAAACUGGCAAGAUUGUCAAGAAGAGGUUUCAGGAAUACGAACAUGAGGACAGCAUGGAGGCUAUUUACCAUGUCAGUUUACUCAAGACAUUCAAGAAGACCAUCGAAGACGGUUUCUUUGACUUCAUCAUCGUGGAUGCCGUCAACGACAAAAUCUCAAAGAUUGAACCGUUCUGGAGCUAUGCAAAGAUGAAAGGAUUUGAGGUGUAUGUAGCUGAGUUACUUGUUGAAUUAGGCUUGUGCAUUCAGCGAGACAUCCACAAUAGAGGUGAAACAGGAAUCAGAAAGAUCAUAGAACACUGGGAGUUUGCCCCACGGAAAUACAUCAAGCUAGAUGUGGUGGCCCUCCUGCAAGAUGCUGCCAUUCCAGAGGUUGAGAUGGAGGAACUUGAUGAAGACGCCGGACCUUCCAUGGAGGAACUGAUGAACCAACAGCAGGAAGCCUUGGAAGAACUAGAGGAUCAGGAAGAGACACUGGCUUUGACGAAGAGUAAGUGGGAUUCUGCUACCGAAGAGAAACUAGAUGCCCUUGAUGGUAUCAAGAAGUAUAAGAAGAAGGAGAGCUACACGUCUAUGGAGGACUUCCUAUCAUGUGGAGAUGAGUUUGACACAGUCUCCAAACCCAUACUCCCAGGACAGAAGAGAGUACGCUGGGCCGACAUCGAGGAACGCCAAAACCAAGAACGUAUGCGUGCAGUAGGUUUUGUCGUUGGGCAGACGGCCACUGACUGGGCCAAGAUCACUGACGACAAUUAUGCAGACAAGGCUCUCAAUCGCACCAAGUACAUCUAACAGAAAACGAUUGUAAAGUAAAUUCUUCUAUGCAGAUUGUCUACUCAUGGUCAUCAACAAAUCUGAGCGUCCCAGAAGGAGAGAAGUUCUGCAAAGGAGUUUCUGUAAAUAGCUUGAUAAUUUCCCUCCAUGCAUGAUUAUAGAAUUUAAUUUUGAACAUUAAGAAAACCAUCUUCGAUCAGGCUCAAUUGAUUAAGAUGAUUACCAUGUCUAAUUAAGCAGCCUCGUACAGCAUUCCAGAGCCCUUGACAUCUAGAUGACCUCUGAAACCUAGAUGACCUCUGAAACUGCCCGAGGCCACUCCUACUACUACUUCUACUACUAGCUACCAGCAAGAUGUUCUCUUCCUUCAAUUGGAUAUUCUCUAUCAACACAAUGGUUUGAUUGAUUCAGCAGAGCAGCCAGAAGAGGCUAUAAUAACGACCAUUUUUUUAAUGACUUGUUCAAUUAAAGGCACACUGUCCUACUUGUAGCUACUUGCUCCCUCUAUAUAGAAAACUUCCCCAAUCGGUGCCUGUUGGUCC